UGAACAACCAAUUCUAUUUUUUUCUUUUUUUCAAAUUUAGGCAAGCAAAACUGAAAAAACACUUAACUUGGCAUAUCAAUCUUUAUUUUUAGUAACAAAAUCUUCAUUAUUUUUCCUUCAAUUCUCUCUUUUAGUAACAAAAAGCUUUCGUGCACCUCAACUAAAUUUAUAAGAUAGCUGUUAUUGUCACCUUUUAUCAACAAUACAUAUUAGUUAACUCUGUUCAUCGAGGCGACACAUAGGAAUUCCAUUUUUUCUCUUUUAGUAACAAAAUCUUGAUAUUUUUAAUAAUAGUGGUGUUUGGAUCAAUCUUUACACACCUCAAUUAAAUUUAGGAGAUCUGUCACCUUCAACCGGCAAUAUCAGUUGAGUGAAUUGUGUCUCUUUAGCAUUGUUGUUUGAAGAAACAGAGAAGAGAAGCUUACAUAUUAAGUGAAUUGUGUCUCUUUUAGCAUUCUCGUUUGAAGAAACAGAUAGGUGAGAAGCUUAGACAUUCAGCCAAGAUGGUGGUAAGAACUGUGGAUCUUCGCUCGGACACAGUGACUAAACCAACUGAAGCCAUGCGGAAAGCUAUGGCCAAUGCUGAAGUGGAUGAUGAUGUCUUGGGUUAUGAUCCAACAGCCCAACGCCUUGAAGCAGAGAUGGCAAAGAUAACGGGCAAGGAAGCGGGAUUAUUUGUUCCUUCAGGCACUAUGGGCAACCUUAUCAGCGUGCUGACUCAUUGCCAAAUUAGGGGCAGUGAAAUUAUUAUCGGUGAUUAUUCCCAUAUCCAUAUUUAUGAAAAUGGUGGCAUUUCCACCAUUGGAGGUGUUCAUCCAAGGACCGUGAAGAACAAUGAAGAUGGAACAAUGGAUCUUGAUCUAAUUGAAGCUGCAAUUCGAGAUCCUUGCUUUGAGAUAUGUUACCCGACCACUAGGCUGAUCUGCUUGGAGAAUUCAAAUGCACACGCAGGAGGCAGAUGCCUUACUGCAGAGUAUACCGACAAAGUCGGAGAGCUAGCAAAGAAGUAUGGUCUGAAGCUUCACAUUGAUGGAGCUCGUAUAUUCAAUGCAUCAAUUGCUCUUGGAGUGCCUGUUCAUAGGCUUGUACAAGCAGCUGAUUCGGUUUCGAUAUGCUUAUCAAAAGGUCUUGGCGCUCCUGUUGGAUCUGUGAUUGUUGGUUCGAAGAGCUUCAUUGCCAGGGCCAAAAUCCUGAGGAAGACUCUAGGUGGCGGAAUGAGGCAGGUUGGCGUUCUUUGUGCAGCUGCUUUUGUCGCUUUACAAGAGAAUCUUGUUAAGCUGGAAGGAGAUCACAGAAAGGCUAAGAUUUUGGCUGCGGAACUUAACAAAAUCAAAGGGCUGAAAGUUGAUAUUGCUACGGUAGAGACUAACAUUGUAUAUUGUGAUAUCCUGAAAGGGUCCAAGAUCAGUGAAAAAGAGUUGUGCGAGACUUUGGAAAAACUCGGUUUACUUGUACUACCAGAAGGCCCACUGAGAAUCCGAUUUGUUUUACACCACCAGAUUUCCGAAAGUGAUGUGCAUUAUGCAGUGUCUUGCCUUCAGCGAGCUUUAGCAGGAGUGGCGGUAGAAAAUGGUGACAAGUAAUCGUCUAUCAACGGUUUCAGACAUGAUCUCUUUCUGUUAGAAGCUGUUCCAAAUGCUACAUGGGGAGGCCAGUUUCAUUUGAAAAUUUAGUCAAAUCUUUAACUUUGUAUUUCAAGUCCUUUUAGAGAAUCAAAAGACUCUCUUUGUUUUCAUCUGUUUGUGGUUGGACUAAUUUCAAUAUAUUUACCCUUUUGAUUUAGUAA